AUGCUUGCGCAGCUGGCCGCCGGUGGCCUGCAAUGGAAGGGGAUCACCCACCUCGACACCGACGAGCUCUUCAGCCAGCAAGGCAUGGGGUCCGCAUUCCCAGCGCUGCUCGCCAUGUGCCGCGACGCGACGCACGUGAACGUCGUCGGCUCGUCAGCAGACACGCUGCGCGCGCUCGCGGCUCACGGCGGCGCGGUGACGCACCUCAGCGCGAGCUUCGGCCGCGUGAGCAAGGAGGAAUGGGACAAGAUGCCAUGCGGCGCGGAGGGUGCGCCCGGCGAGGUGAUGGGCGGCUGGCUGGCGCAGCUCAAAAACCUGCGCAGCCUGCAGCUGGUGGUGCAGGACAAAGCGGUCACCGAGGCCGUCACGCGCGCCCUGCCCAGCCUCGGCGCGCUGACGCGCCUCCAAUGGGGCUGCAACGACGAGGGCGACGACGAGGACGUUGUGCACCUCCAGCCCGGGUUGCCGCAGCUCCCAGACGACGGCCGCUGUCCGCCGCUGCAGGAGCUGCUGGUUAGCGACGCCUUCACUGCUGCAAUCACACAGCUCAACAGAGCGGCGCCCUUGAACAGCCUGACGCGGCUGGAGUCAUCGUUCAUAUCAAGCUCACUGGAUAUCGUCCAGCUGCGCCACCUCGCAGCAGCAGCCCCAAACUUGCGGGUCCUCAAGGUGUCGGAGCUCAACGCUGGCGACGACGACGAAGACGAUGACGAUGAGCAGGCGCCCCCGUCGCCGCCCGGCGGCUACCCCAGACUGGCGGAGCUGCGGGAGCUCGAGGUCAUCAUGAUCAGCGGGCCCACGGGCAUUCUGAGGCACAUCAUGCCGCGGCUGGAGGUUCUGCGGCACGAGCCCAUCAGCAAGUUCAACGUCAGGCCCCUGCUGGACCACCCAACUUUGUCCAAGGUGCACUACCAUCCCCUGGCCCUCGACGACGAAGCCAACUACGCCCCCUUUUCCUACCUCCUUGAGACCCUGUCCGCGCUGAAGGAGCUAAGCCUGGACUACCCCCAGGGCACGCGGCCGCGGGAGGUCCGCGGCGGCGACCGUGGCCUGCUGCUGAGGUGGCUCGCGUCGCUGCGGCUCGAGCGGCUCGAGCUGCGCCUCGCGAUCGAGCCCGGCGCGCUGCUCGGCGUCGUGGCGGCGUCGGACUCGGCGCGGACGGUGCGGCGGGUGGCGCUCGCGCUGGCCGUCAUGCCGGACGAGGAGGACGAACCGGAGCGGGCGCUCGCGUGCCUGCCGGCGCUGGAGCGGCUCGAGGAGCUGCAGCUGACGUUUAAGGAGCCGCGACAGGGCGAGGUGGAGGCCUGGGAGGGCGUGCUGCGGCGCAUGCUCGCGCCGCUCGCGGAGGUGCGCCCCAAGGCGCUGCGGCGGGUGGAUGUGAGGCUGCCUUCGCGGCUGCUGCAUGGUGCGGGCGGCGGCGCGGCGCAUGCGGAUGUGGUGCCAUGGGAGGCGUGCCUGGAGUUGAUGGGGUCGCUGCCAGGGGUGCUGACAAUCAGCUUUACUGGAUGA